AUGAAGAAUAGAUAUACCGAAGAAGAUAUCGCAGAGGCUCUUAGAGCGAUUACAAAUGGAGCAAGCAUACGAAGAGCUAGCUUGGAUUAUGGUGUUCCACGUACCACACUUCACGAUCGAAUAUAUGGUGGAGUUUCGCAUCAAAAAGGCGCCCAAAUACUUCAAAAGUUAUCUCCAAUUCAGGAGAAUCGACUAGCAGAAUGGAUAUUAGUACAGGAAGCUCUUGGUACUAGCCCUACACAUCGUCAAAUCAGAGAGAUGGCAGAGCACCUCCUUAUUGUACGAGGGGAGGAUCCCUCACUUGGAAAGAAAUGGAUACAUAGCUUUUUUCGAAGGCAUCCUAAUAUUGGAACUAAGAAGCAACAUCAAAUCGAUUCUGCACGAGUUUCAGGUGCUACAUCUGAUAUUAUUAAGAAGUGGUUCCGGAACCUCGCAAUCCCUGAAAUCAAGGCUAUUAAGCCGGCCAACAGAUGGAAUAUGGAUGAAGCAGGUAUAAUGGAGGGUCAGGGUCUUAAUGGACUAGUAGUAGGAAGCACUGAUCGAAGAUUUAUUCAAAAAAAGCAACCUGGAUCUCGAAUUUGGACCUCUUUUAUAGAAUGCAUUUCAGCCAAUGGAAAAAGCAUUACUCCCCUUGUAAUAUAUAAGGGAAAAUCAGUUCAACAACAAUGGUUUCCAACAGAUUUGACUCUAUUCAAGGGUUGGAACUUUACCGCUACAGAAAAUGGAUGGACUACAGAUGCUACAGCUUUAGAAUGGCUGAAAAAGAUCUAUAUCCCUCAAACUACCCCUAUUCAGCCGGAAAAUUCAAGACUCCUCAUUUUGGACGGACACGGAAGCCAUGAAACUACAGCAUUUAUGUUAGAAUGCUUUAAUAACAACAUAUAUCUCUUACUUCUCCCACCACAUACGUCACACGUACUACAACCACUCGAUUUAUCUGUGUUCUCACCCCUAAAAAGUGCAUAUCGAAUCGAACUUAAUAAAUUAAGUCUAUUAUCCGAUUCCUCACCAAUUGAAAAGCGCAAUUUCCUUUCUUGCUAUCAGAAGGCUAGAAUAGAAGGUUUAACUAUUCAAAAUAUCAAGUCUGGGUGGCAAGCUAGUGGUCUUUGGCCCAAAAAUAUGGCUAAACCUCUUAUGAGUCGACUUUUGCUUGAAAAUAGCAAUAGAGAGGUUUUAUCACUUAAUCCUGAAUCUGAUGAUGAUCCUAUUCUUCAAUGA